UGUGCUUUUUUAUUCCCCACAUGCAUUUUUUUCACUGCUAUCCAAAUGUGCCAUUUUUUUUAUAGCCAAUUAGCCAUAGAAGUAGAUUGAUUAUAUGACUGAUACUGUGAUCCACUGUCCUCUGUUUGCUGUUACUGCUAUUUGGGUUUGACUUUGUGUGGAUUUUGGAUGAAAUGAUUGAGUCAAUGGAAAAGCCUCAUUGGGGGCUUCUUGCUUGCUCUGAAAUGAAUCUGAUGCAGUCUUGUAAAAUGGCGGUUAUAGCGGCGCUAUAGCGCUGUAGCGUAGUGCUCUUUUGGAUUGCCGCUAUUUUCCGCUUUAAGAGGGUGGAAAUAGUGGAUUUUUGGCUUACUGCUAUAGUCCGCGAUCCGCGAUUAACAACACUGAUCUGAUGUCUGGUUUUAUUAAAAAUCAAAACUUUUUCCGAGUACCAGUAUUAAUGUACUUGAAGGAGUUCCAGAAUUUGUUUUUUGUGUACUGCUUGCAACCCAAUUUCAGAUACCCUUAUGCAGUUUUGUAUUUUAGAGUCACCAUGUAGAAGAGAAACAUAAUCAUUGUUAGCUGUAGUAGAUAGAUGCUGUGCUCAUGUAUCUAAGUCUCGUUAUCACUCAAAUCAUUGGAAGAUGACAAUUAUGCGAGGUGAGCAGUUAAAACAUGAUCAUCGAGAAAAGGACUUUGGUAAUUUUCAUGGAAACUUCGAUCUGAAUGAAACUGCUGAAGAGUUUGAGCAGCAGCCUGAUGUGCAGUGGGAAUUAUUAGAAAAUCACCAAAGCAGAUGUAAUGAAUUAUCUGGAAAGAUGGAGAAGCAUGGAGAUAACCUUAGUGUGGAGGCCCAACAACAUGGAGAACAGGUACCUCAGACAAGGACUUUCGAGGGGCGUGUUGAUCACUUGCUCUUUCUUGCACAAUCUGCUGAGGUAGUUGCGCAAUCGGAAGAUAGGGUGGCUCAAACGCAUACAAACAACCAAAGUAAAGACGUACAUAACAACAUGGUUGAUCAAAUCUCACAAGAACAUGCUAGCAUUGUAACUGCUGAUGAUCAGGAAUGCUCUAGAAAAGUACAUGAGGGAUUAUCAGCAUUUUCUCAUGUAAGUAGUCAGAGGAACAGGCUUUGUCAUGAAGUUGUAAGAACCCGCUUAACUCAAAUUCGAAAGCACGCUAGAUGUAAAUAUCUAAUAAUGGAUGAAGAGACUACCGAGCAUAACCAAUGCAAGCAUUCACGAGGAAAAACAAUGCGCCUGAGCCAAAUAAAGCAUCAAGCUAGGUGUAAAAGUAAGAAUGAUUUGUCACCACCACCAAUGAUAAUUGGACCCAGAAAUGAGCAACCACGUGGAAGAAUACUUCGACUGAGUAAGAUGAAACAUCAAGCUCGUUGCAAAGAGAAUUCAACAGUGAAAGAGGGGGCCGAGGAGCAUAUGGAUAUGAGUCAAUAUUGCAAUAGAUUGAAAGAAAACUCAGAAGCACAAAAGGAGUCUAUACCUGUGAAAAGAUUACGCUUAACUCAAUUGAGACGUGAAGUUCGUGCAGGGAGUCUAAGUUCUAUUAUGCAAAGACCCGGUCAGAAUUAGAGUUUUGUACAGAUCUGAUUUGGUAGCAAAAGUGUUUUAGAGGAGGAUGCAGACAAGAACAAGUGCUGCAGGGCUGCUAUGGAAAAUUUGUGCUGCCAUAUUUUUUUGAAAUGAACUUUCAAGAUAAUAUUUUGUAUAAAGUAUAAACAUCCUAUGACAAACUUGUAAUUAGCUUUAUAUGGUAAUUAUUUCUCUCCCUGAGAUACAAUACAAAGCCUUAUAGCUCAAGUGAACAGAGGUUGUUUCUCUUCUCAAUUUUUUUGGGUCAAGCGGUUGUUUCUCUUCUGAUAA